ACCGUGUAGUGACUCUCCUCUCAGUCCCAGCUAGAACCCGCUGGUUCGUCUCGUACCGUCCUGGUCUGAACCCGGCCACCGGAGAGAGAAAAAACUCUGUUGUAAUACACUUAGCUGCUUUUCGUGCUAUUAUGAUACAAACUUGGUUGUGUCGUAGUGGGAGAUGAAUUUACUAACAUUAAAAUAUAUAUUACUCAAAUCUGGCUAGUAUCAUACUGUUCUAAACUGAUUCAAGAAAUUUCUAGUAUAGUGUUCGCUACUCAUAUUCAUCAUUUUUAAUCUUAGUCAUUAUAUUUGGCUUAAUUUAAAGUGUUCAGUGUGUGUUGCUGUAGCAAGUUAAAGGGCAAACGAAACCUGCUAAGAAACUGGGUGUGAUGAUGUGCUGAGAGACAGAGCUGCUACAUACUGCUCUACACAAACACCUCAGAGGAUCAGCAAGAAGUAGGUGACGUCAAAGACACUCGCGAGGUAAACCAUCUGUACUGAACCCUCACAGAAACAUGAUAUACCGGUUAUCUCGCUUCAUCCCCGGGGCCAUCACCAGGCUGCUGGUGGCCAUCAUGCUGAAGGGCGCCGAGCGGCACGACUAUGAUGCCUCAAACAGGCUUCUUCAGCAGUACGACUUCAUUAUCGUGGGUUCAGGUACUGCUGGUGGGGUGUUAGCAGCGCGGCUGUCAGAGGUAGCUGAGUGGAAUGUGUUGUUGCUGGAAUCUGGUGGUCCCCCGCCGCCUGAGAGCGUCAUUCCUGCCCUCAACAUCGUCCUCAUGCAGAGUGACGCUGAGUGGAACUACUUUACAGUGCCGCAGAAACAUGGCUUGCGUGGCUACGUUAACAAUGCAUGUCACUUUCCUGUGGGACGUACCCUGGGAGGCUCAAGCGUCGUGAACUGGAUGAUGUACGUCCGUGGUAACAGGCGAGACUUCGACAACUGGGAGGCGAUGGGUAACCCAGGAUGGAGUUACAAAGAUGUGCUCAAGUACUUCAAGAAAGCCGAGGAUUACCGAGGAGACCGCAGUAGUGCCACAGCAUCAUACCACGGGUAUGGAGGCCCGGCCAGCGUGGAGACGAAGCGCUGGGGUACACCCAUUAUGAAUGCCAUUCUCAAGGCUGGCCAACAGCUGGGAUACCAGAUCAUCGACCCCAAUGGACCAGAGCAGAUUGGCUUCUCCAUUCCGGACCUGACGCAGCGUGACGGUCGCAGAGGCUCCACGGCCGAGGCAUACAUUAGGCCCGCAGCUGCUCGUCCUAACCUUCACGUCGCUAUGAACGCCCACGUUACCCAGCCAUCAUCACCAUCACUUCUAUUGUACACUCAUAAGUGUCUACCAGCAAGACAUCGCGCUCCCUCCUCUCACCAGCCUUCUAACUCUUCCCACCAGCUCUUCAAACAACACUAUUUGCCACUGAUUGGGCAGGAGGGCUUCACCAUCGGUCCCAUGCUGACCCGUCCCAAGAGUCGUGGCACUAUUAGACUCAGCUCCAGCAAUCCCAAGGCUGCCCCUCUCAUUGACCCUAACUACCUCAGUCAUCCUGAUGACGUCAAAACUUUAAUUAAAGGCAUCAGGUUCUCCUUGACUGUUGGAGAGGCGCCAGCCUUGAGAGUAGAACACGGCGCUAGAUUUCAUGACAAGGUUUUGCCGGGGUGUGAGUCGGAGGUGUUCGGUUCUGACGAGUAUUGGGCUUGCUACACCCGUUUCAUGGCCAAGACCACCUUCCAUCCGGUCGGCUCCUGCAAGAUGGGACCCGCCUCCGACCCCUACAGCGUCGUCGACCACACCCUCAAGGUGCGUGGCGUGUCUGGGCUGCGGGUGGUGGAUGGCUCUAUCAUGCCUCUCAUUACAUCUGGAAACACAAACGCCCCAGUUCUUAUGAUCGGAGAAAAGGCCGCAGACAUUAUCAAACAGGACUGGGGCAUUCCAACAACUACGUAUUAGAGGAAUUACACGUGCGCACGUCAUCAACCAGAGUGGACGUCCUGUUACAAGCGCAUACUCGCGAGGAUGUCAUCAACCAGAGUGGACGUCCUGUUACAAGCGCAUACUCGCGAGGAUGUCAUCAACCAGAGUGGACGUCCUGUUACAAGCGCAUACUCGCGAGGAUGUCAUCAACCAGAGUGGGACGUCCUGUUACAAGCGCAUACUCGCGAGGAUGUCAUCAACCAGAGUGGACGUCCUGUUACAAGCGCAUACUCGCGAGGACGUCAUCUGAAAGAGCAGCAGAGCUGUUUAUCCCUUAGUUUUGAGUACUAUAAUAAUAAUCAGGAAGAACUGAAGCGUCCUUGUAACUUUACUCAGGAUAUACCCGUGAGGAAUUUCAUAUUCUACUAAAUAUUCACAUUACUGAACCUGAUCUAUAUUGAGCAUGAAGCACUGGAAAGCGGCAGUCACAGGUACAGUACGUAAAUUCAUUCAGGUUCAGAUACACAUAAAUACAGUUACAUAAAUUAUCAUACAUAGCAACAUAUGUGUAGAUUACCGAAGAUAAUCCCCCCAAAAAAGACAGACAAAGUGAUUGAUUUCCAUUGGGGUUCUUGUAAUAACUUAUUAUUUAAACAAUAUAGAGAGAUAUACUAGGAAUAAGGUAAAGUCAAUAAUUUACAUUAACAUUAAAGACAGGAUCAGAUCAGAAUAAUAGGUACAGAUAUGUUAGCUGUUCAAGAAAUCACUCUCCUCCCUUUCUGUAGCUACAUUCAUGAGGUACCUCUCUGUAGCUACAUUCCUUAGGUACAUUUUGGCUCUCUUCUUGUACUGGUUCAUGCUAUAAUAGGCUUUGACAGGUGCAGGCAACAUGUUCCACUCCUUUAUUGCUUUACAAUAGAAUGUGUUUGAAGCCUGACCACUGGCUGCGAACACUACAAAGUUGUUCUCCCUACCCACUGAAACCAUAACUGCUUUGGUUCCCGGUCUUGACAAAAUUGGCAGCAAGAUAUUCUGGACACUCUUUAUGAGCAAUUUUAUAAACGUGAUUUAGAUGUUGAUCUUCCCACAAUCUCCAAGAAAAUUGUGGAAAAAUGUGUAUCAUCUUCCCACAGUGAACACUGGGGAAAUAUGCAUUUUAUAUUCUUAAAAUGAACGUAUGUAAAUUAAUUAAAUUCAAUUUACAUCAACUUCAUAAAUAUGCACAUAUGAGUGUGCACGCUUGUAUGCUGGCCGGACUCAAGUCUGACGAUUUCCCUGAAUCCGUUCAUGAAUGUUAACUUUCUCACACUCCAACAGCACGCUAAGUUCUAAAAAAAAACAUUUUUCUCCAUUUGCUCCUAACACUCUCACGCAUGCUUGCUGGAAGUCCAAGCCCCUCGCACACAAAACCUCCUUCAACCCCUCCUUCCAACCUUUGCUAGGCCUUCCCUCCACUACAGAUUUAUACACUCUCGAAGUCAUUUUAUUUUGUUCCAUCCUCUCUUCAUGUCUGAACCACCUCAACAACCCCUCAUCAGCCCUCUGGAUAAUAGUUUUGGUAAUCUUGCACCUUCUCCUAUUUUCCAAACAACGAAUUCUCUGCAUUAUAUUCACACAACACAUUGCCCUCAGACGUGACAUCUCCACUGCCUCGAGCCUUCUCCUUGUUGCAACAUUCAUCACCCAUACUUCACACCCAUUCAAGAGUGUCGUUAUAACUAUACUCUCAUACAUUCCCCUCUUUGCUUUCAUGGACAAAGUUCUUUGUCUCCACAGACUCCUAAGUGUAUCCUGCCACCCUGUCAUACGCCUUUUCCGAAUCCAUAAAUGCUAAAAAAAAACUCUGUAUCCUUAUCUAAAUACUAUUCACCUAUGUUACAUUGUAAACACUUGGUCUACACACCCCCUCCCUUUUCUAAUGCCUCCUUGUUCAUCUUAAUUUUUUUCCAAAACGCUACCAUUCACUUUACCAAGUAUGCUCAAUAGGCUUAUUCACCUAUAAUUUUCGAACUCUGUUUUAUCCUCUUUGCCUUAAUAUAAUAGGGCUGUGCACGCCCUCUGUCAAUCCCUUCUUCCAUACAUUUACUAUAUAAAAGCACCAACCACUCCAAAACUAUAUCUCCACCUGCUUUUAACGUUUGUCUUUAUCUCAUCAGUCCCAGCUGCUUUGUCCCCUUUCUUUCAUUCUACCCGCUGUCUCACGUACCUCCCCCACAAUGGCUCUUCUUCACUCCUACAAUGCACGAAAUCACAGUUUCCCUAUCGUCAUCAACAUUCAUCAGUUCCUCAAAAUACUCCCUCCAUCUCUCCAUCUAAUAACUCUCCUCUCCUAUUUUUAACUGUGAAAUCCAUUUGUUCCCUAGGCUUUCUCUGCUUAUU